AUGGAGAGGCCGGAUUUUGGGCCGGAGCCGCAUAUCUCUGAGAUGACUUGCUGCUGUGGGCGAAUCGACUGCGCUCUCCUCAAGAAAAAUUGCUCCAUUCUAGAGACAGUCGAAAAAGAUGUCCAUACCGCGGCACAACUUGGUCAGGCUCUACUCGCUAGACAUGAAGCAUAUAUGGCCGACGCGGAGAGAGAUCGUCUUGAUCUUUCCUCCAGGAUAGAGCGUCUGGAAAUGGCCAAGCAGGAAUUAGAGGCUGAGAAUGCCCUGAAAAUUGAGGAAAAUCGUAACCUCCUCGACCAGCUUGAGCUGCUCAACAACACCGUCUCCGAAUCCGAUACAAAGAUCAAAGCGCUCGAAGCAAGUCUGCUGUCGUCUCAACAAGCCGUCCGAAGACUCGAGUCUGCUGCCCUGCGAGCCGAAGAUGCUGAGAGGCAUAUUUCCCUCUUGGAAUUGGAACAGGAUGAUCUCUAUCACGAAUUGAGGUCGACGAAAGAAGAUGCUCGAACACAUGCACAGCGUUGCAAGGAGGCGCAACGCGGUAUCAUGGACAUGCAGGAUCAGCUGGAGAGGAUGGAAGAGGAAGCUCGAGAGGAGCGGCAAAGACAUGCCGAGGUUAUUGGGCGAAUGGAGCGUCAACGACAAGUUGAGAAGCAGCUCAAUACAGCCGCCGGUCGUCUAAAAGGCGCAGCUGCAUCAAAAACACUGCAAGAACCGAAGCCAGGGAAUCCUGUCGUCAAUCAUUUUGUUCGGGAUCUUCUUCAAGACAAUGCCAAUCUACAACUUGGCAUGGCUGAGUUGCGAGAGAUGCUUCUCAAUUCGAACGACGAGAUUCAGUCUCUGCGAGAACAACUUGUCACCCACCAGCCCAUCACCGAUAGCAGUACGACUCUCAAAGACGAACUCGAGGCCUAUGAGCCGCCGACGACUCCUCGAAUUUCGCAAGAGCUUCACAUCCACCACCAUUAUCACGUUACAGCCAAGGCUGACAAACAAAAAAUGAGGCGGAAGCGCGCGAGCUUGAACUCUAGUAUCUUUUCGGCAUCGACAAGUUCUGGCACAUCCACCCCGAAAUCUUCUGCUCGCUGGAGUUUGGGGCCUGCCCUGCCCGCCCUCGCUUCCAUCAGCACCAAGGAACCCAACUCUGUUAUAUCGAUGCCCAAACAGAGGUGGUCCAUGCUCUCAGAGCAACCCUCUGAAAUCGCGUCGUCCGUUCCAAGUUCACCACGAUCGAAUCUACGCAACUCGAUGUUUGACUCGAAUUUUGGCGACAGCGAUUAUCCAAUGUCACCAGCUACGAGCUUUGACCCCAUGUCGCCCACCUGGCGGACGCACCGUAAAGGCCCGUCUGACAUUUCGGCUUUCAGCCUUCAAGCACCUUCCCUCCAGCUUGAUCCAGGCACGCCACCUCAAAAUUCGCGUCAGUUCAACGAUGAUGUGAUACAUGAGGAGGACGAAGAUGAGGGCGAGGAGGCCAUGUCUCGAACUGAGACACCCGAUCUCGGCAACACCCCGUCAAUUGACGAGAGCUCAAUCGUUGAGAGCUCUGAGGACAAUAGAGACGACUACAUGCCGCGUCCGAGGAUUCAUCGAGCUAUCUCUCAUGAAUCCAUCAUGUCUCUUACAGGCGGCCUUGACAUUCACACGCUCAAGGCUCGACCUAGUCAGCUCACCCUUCGACCACUUGGUGGCGCUGAAGCUGUCGUUACGGGCGUCACAGCGCAGCCCACACUUUACAGAGGUGCAGCUAAGCGAAGCACCGCUGCCCUCCGAGACACUUUCGCUGGUCUUCCCACUAGUAGAACUGUGUCCAACCCACUUAACAGGCCUGGGUCAAACAGAUCUGCGUCGCCAGCUCCUUCGGAUACCCCCCAAGGAAGCCCCGCAGGAGGAAUAGGAAAAUGGGUUGGCUGGAGGCCUUGGGCUUCAGGCAAUAGUGAAAAUGCCCCUCCAAAACCUGCGGAGAAGGAAAAGGACAGGAAUCUUAACCGGACGCCGGGUAUCAACCAGCCCGGGUCGAUUCCUGGCUUUCAUCAAUACUGGGCUGCUCAGAAACGAAAGGGCGCGCCCGCUCAGGUCACCACUGUUGAUGUUGACCGUGAGGCCCUGGUAGAAGGCUUACAGGACUGA